AUGGCUACGAAAACAACUACCACGCGCAAUGGCCCUGCAGGGGGCAAGGCUGCUCCGUCGGUUGGUGCUCCAAAUCAAACCCUUUAUAUCAAGAACCUGCCCGACAAGAUUAAGAAACCGGAUCUCAGAACGGCCUUGUACACGCUUUUCUCGACCUACGGCACCGUUCUUGAUGUGGUUGCCAUGAGAACAGAGAAGAUGCGAGGACAGGCUCAUGUCGUGUUCAGAGACAUCCAGUCGAGUACGCAGGCCAUGCGCGCGCUCCAAGGCUUUGAUUUCUUCGGGAAGGAGAUGCAAAUCGCCUAUGCCAAAGGUACCUCCGACGUGAUUGCCAAACUCCGUGGCACCUACGUGCCGAGUACGGCCCCUAGUCAAGGCGCUGGUGUCUCGACGGAGCUGCAGAAAUCCGUCUUUGGCGGACCACCCUCCGCGACUACGGCAAAGCCUUCUGAAGCCGCGGAAGGCGGGAAAGAAGGAGAACAGAAACCACCCCAAGGUGUCAAACGUCCGCGUGAGGAGGAGAGCGACGAGGAAGAGGCACCAAUGGAUGAAGAGAGCGAUGUGCCAAUGGAGGCGUCGUCGGAUGAAGAUUAA